CGACCCAAGCUUAUCUCAUGUUGUCAGCUCAUUAGCCAUCUCUUGUGGUUGGCAAAGCAGAGAUAUCUCUGUUGUACGCAACCAGCAGCUUACCUUUCUCCAUAUUUACAGAUAUAGACAUUAUUGAUGCUGCGCUCUAUCACAGCGGUUUCGUAUGUCGCCCUCUCGUUGUGAACUCCGACCUGGACCCGUAGUGCAAUUUUCUCCACGCGUGCAAGACCAGCACCAUCGAUGGAGAAUUUGACCUUGCUGUCUUUAUCCAUAUCACUGGUCACAUUAAUUAUGUUAGACUUUGUCAUAUGUCUUCAUCUAUAUCUGGGUGAUAUCCUUUGGCACGAGCAAACAAAGGAGGCAGUCUAAUGGAUAUGCACUACAUUCUCAUCUUCUUCCUCAUAUUUUUGAGCUCGUUCUGCAAGCCCAAUGACCAGCUCACACAUACAAACCUCCUCACCCAUGGUGACAUGCUCGUCUCCAAGAGCGGGGACUUUGCUCUCGGCCUCUUUUCCCCGACGAGUUCUAACAAGAGCUUUUACCUUGGCAUAUGGUACCACGGCCUCCCCGGACCACGGACCGUCGUGUGGGUCGCCAACCGAGACAACCCAAUCAUCAACCCUUCGUCUGCGAUGCUCACCAUCAACAACAAUUCUUGCAUGGUAUUAUCAGACUCCGAAGGCCGCAAUAUUUGGAUGACAUCAAACAAUAUCACUGUUGGAGCUUAUGCAAUACUACUCAACUCGGGGAACUUUGUCCUACGGUCAUUGGACGACAAGGACAUAUGGCAGAGCUUCGAUCAUCCAACGGACACCAUUCUUCCAAGCAUGAAGGUUUUGGUGAGCUACAAGGGCCAUGCUGUCGGGCGCCUUGUUGCUUGGAAGGGCCCGGAUGAUCCCUCAUCUGGGGACUUCUCCUGCAGCGGCGACCCAAGCUCUCCAGACACUCAGUUAGUCACUUGGAACAAGACCAAGCCAUAUUGCCGCAUCAAAGUGUGGAACGGCCUGUCGGUGUCCGGUGGCACGUAUCUUGGCAAUGGCAGCUCCAUCUUGUACCAAACGGUUGUCUACUCCGGAGAUGAGUUCUACUCCGUGUCAACAGUCUCCGACAACUCACCGUUCAUGCGCAUCACACUUGACUACACUGGCAAGAUGAAGUCUCUAACCUGGGACAAUCAUUCAUCAUCUUGGGCACUCAUGGAUGAACGCCCUGCUGCCGCAUGUGACCUCUAUGCCUCAUGUGGCCCCUUUAGUUAUUGCGACUCCACUCAGAUCAUAUCAGCUUGCCAAUGUCUUGAAGGGUUUGAGCCCGUUGACAGUAUUGACUUAUCUAAAGGAUGUCGAAGAAAGCAAGAGCUGAAAUGUGGCAAGCAAAGCCGCUUUGUGCCCUUGCCUGGAAUGAUGGUUCCUGAUAAGUUCUUGCGUAUACAUAAUAGAAGCUUCGAUGAGUGUGCGGCAGAGUGCGACCGCAAUUGCUCAUGCAUGGCCUACGCUUAUGCCAACUUGAGCAGGGCCGGUGUUAUGGCAGACCCAUCAAGGUGUUUGGUGUGGUCAGGGGAGCUUACCGACAUUGGGAAGACAACCACCGGCGAGGACCUGUAUAUUCGACUUGUCGGUUCUUCUGUUGACAGGAAGAUCAGUCUAAUAAAGAUUGGACUCCCUAUUAUGGCAUGCAUGCUACUAGUGACAUGCCCAACCCUUGUCUGGAUGUACAAAUAUAGAGGUAAAUGGCAAAAGAUGGUCAAGCAGAAGAAACUGAUGAGAGGAUACUUCAGCACAUCGAACAGACUCGAAGGCGAAAAUAUAGAAUUUCCAUUUGUUAGCUAUGAAGAGAUCCUUUCAGCAACAAAUUGUUUUGCUGAUUCCAACUUGCUCGGCCGGGGGGGUUUUGGCAAAGUUUACAAGGGCACACUGGAAGGUGGGAAGGAGGCUGCUGUUAAAAGGCUGAGUAAGGGUUCUAGCCAAGGUACAAUGGAGUUCAAAAAUGAGGUUGUUCUAAUUGCCAAGCUGCAACACAAGAAUCUAGUCAGACUUCUUGGGUGUUGCAUCCACGAAGAUGAGAAGUUACUGAUCUACGAAUACUUACCUAAUAAAAGUUUGGAUACCUAUAUUUUUGAUGGUGCACGAAAGCAUUUACUCAAUUGGUUGGCACGGUUCAAAAUAAUUAAAGGAAUAGCAAGAGGCCUUCUUUAUCUUCAUCAAGAUUCAAGAUUAACAAUAGUUCACAGAGAUCUCAAAGCAAGCAACAUCCUGUUGGACGCGGACAUGACUCCCAAAAUUUCGGAUUUUGGCAUGGCAAGAAUCUUUGGGGCAAACCAGAAUCAUGCAAGCACUACACGCGUCGUCGGGACAUAUGGUUACAUGUCACCUGAAUAUGUGAUGGGAGGCAAAUUUUCUGUGAAAUCAGACAUUUAUAGCCUCGGUGUUCUUCUCCUGGAGAUUGUCAGUGGCUUGAAGAUCAGUUCACCUCAGCUCAGAACAGACUUUUGUAGCCUUAUAACUUAUGCUUGGAGAUUAUGGGAAGAUGGAAAAGCAACUGAACUACUGGACUCUUCAGUUGUUCCGAGUUGCCUACUUCAUGAAGUUCUACGGUGUAUUCAUGUGGGACUCCUGUGUGUUCAAGACCAUCCCGAUGAUAGGCCACUAAUGUCAUCGGUUGUGUUUAUGAUAGAGAACGAAAGUACAAUGCUUCCAACUCCAAAGCAACCUAUAUAUUUAGCUGUAGGUAAUACUGAAGGUGCAGAAGCAAGGGUGAGCAUGGAAAAUUCCAUGAACGCAAUGAGUAUCACAACUCUCAAUGGACGUUAGAUAUUGUAUAACUUAGCAUGGUGUGCCUUAUGAUUUACUAUUUAUGAACAAAACUUUUGUGUCGGUAGUUGGAAUAUCAAUUAGUAUAUAAGAAAAUAUGUAAACAAUAGAGGCAGAGCCACAUUGGAAGUAAGGAGAACCAGGACCACUCUACAUUUUCUUGGUCCUCGAUACGCCCAACUAAAUUAUAUUGUUGUUAAAAGAGUUUUUCUCUGAUUUC